UAAGGGUCUAUCAUUGCUCCGUUGAAUAACAUUUAAAUUUUAUAAAAUAUAGUUAAAAUAUCUUAAAUUCCUUGAAUAAGCAAAUAAUAAUCUUAGAAUCUAGUAAGCCAUUGUUUUUUGUGUGAAUCGUAGAGCUUCAUCAACAUGCCAGAGGUCAUUCAAUUAGCUGGUGUACUUGCCGGACACAGCGGUUGGGUUACACAAGUGGCGCCGCAUCCACGUGAUCCCGAAAUAUUGGUCUCAGCAUCGCGUGACAAGACCAUCAUUGUUUGGCGCUUGACACGCGAUUGUCAGAGCAACUACGGCUACCCACUGAAGCGUCACUAUGGACACUCACAUUUUAUCAGCGACGUGGUUCUCUCAUCGGAUGGAAACUAUGCGUUGUCCGGCUCUUGGGAUCAUACCUUGCGCUUGUGGGACCUCACUGCCAGUGUAACUACACACCGCUUUGAGGGUCACACCAAGGAUGUGCUUUCAGUAGCCUUCUCGCCGGACAAUAGGCAGAUUGUGUCCGGAUCGCGUGAUCGCACGAUCAAACUGUGGAAUACCUUGGCCGACUGCAAGUACACCAUUCGCGAGGAGUGUCACAGCGAUUGGGUGUCCUGCGUACGGUUCUCGCCAAAGCAAGCAAAUCCACUUAUUGUCUCGUGCGGCUGGGAUCGCACGGUUAAGGUGUGGAACCUGACCAACUGCAAGUUGCGUAACAAUCAUCAUGGUCAUACUGGCUAUCUUACCACGGUAGCUGUCUCUCCCGACGGCUCGCUCUGCACGUCAGGCGGCAAAGAUGCCAAGGUUCUCUUCUGGGACCUCAGCGAUGGUCGCAACUUGUAUCCCCUGAACCAUCACGAUGUUGUCAAUGCAAUGGCCUUCUCCCCCAGUCGCUACUGGCUCUGCGUCGCAUGUGCCUCCACCAUUACUGUAUGGGAUUUGGCUUCCAAGAAGGCUGUGUUCGAAUUGUGGCUGGACGAUGUGACGCCCACCACAAAGGGAGAUCAGCCACACUGUUUGUCGCUGGCAUGGUCCAGUGAUGGCCAAACUCUCUAUGCUGGCUACUCAGACAAUAUGGUUCGGGUCUGGCAGGUUUUAUCUGGCGCUACCGCUUAGUAAAACAAACUCUGGCCAUCUAGUCGCACACAUAAGGUGCAUUGUAAAAUGAAAAAUAUUUUGAUAUCUACAUAUAAGCUGAUUUGUUUAUUCUAUGUUAUAAAACACUCAAACACUUUUCUUUAACGAUGCAAAUAUCUUCUUAUUUUUAAACAUA